GCAGUUUCUGGACUCAGAUUGUCAACUUCCUUAAAGGGAGUUUAUCUGUCUGUCCUUGGGCUUUGUGUGUUGUAGGCAGGCUGGGAUAUUUUUGCUGGGAUCCUGGGAGUGAUGAUUGCCUCUGGUCAUAACAAGUGGAAAGUUCUCUGAGCUUCAGGAGAGUAAAAUCAAAUUAAAAUUUCAAGUGCUAAUAAGUCAGUGUUGCUGGGAAGUGCCGAUUUUUAAUUUUCAUCAGAUUGUCCUCAACCCAGGCCCUUCCUUCAUUAUCUACCAUUGUGACACCAUUUGGGGUACAUUUUCCUUCUGAAAAAGGUGGGAGACCAACCUGAGCCUCUCUGCAUCCCAGAGCUUUCAUUUCUGCCUCUGCAGUCAUUUCCUGGAAUCUACAUGAUGACUGCCUGUGACUGCCCACUGCUGGCAGGGAGGGUGGGGUAGGAAGGAGUUCAUGACCCUAAGCAGUCGUGUACAUUUCCCUCAGUCAGUAGCGCCCUGUGUGGAGGCAGGAUUGACAGGUUCCUUUUCCUCCCAAGAAUCUCCAAGGUCUGCCCUCUGGUUGGAAGAUGUCAGGCCUCACGACCCUGUUUAAGUAUGUGGAUGAAAAUCAGGAUCGCUACAUUAAGAAGCUUGCAGAAUGGGUGGCCAUCCAGAGUGUGUCUGCCUGGCCCGAGAAGAGGGGGGAAAUCAAAAGGAUGAUGGAAGUUGCCGCUGCGGACGUCAAGCAGCUGGGCGGCUCCGUGGAAUUGGUGGACAUUGGAAAGCAGAAGCUCCCUGAUGGCUCAGAGAUACCGCUUCCUCCCAUUCUACUUGGCAAGCUGGGCUCCGACCCCCUGAAGAAGACGGUGUGCAUCUAUGGCCACCUGGACGUGCAGCCCGCAGCCCUGGAGGACGGCUGGGACAGUGAGCCCUUCACUUUGGUAGAGCGAGAUGGCAAACUGUAUGGAAGGGGUUCGACUGAUGACAAGGGGCCGGUAGCCGGCUGGAUGAAUGCCCUGGAAGCCUUUCAGAAGACAGGUCAGGAAAUCCCUGUCAACAUCCGCUUCUGUCUGGAGGGCAUGGAGGAGUCGGGCUCCGAGGGCCUGGACGAGCUGAUUUUUGCCCAGAAAGACACCUUCUUUAAAGACGUGGACUACGUCUGCAUCUCCGACAACUACUGGCUGGGGAAAAAGAAACCGUGCAUCACCUACGGCCUCCGGGGCAUCUGCUACUUCUUCAUCGAGGUGGAAUGCAGCGACAAGGACCUGCACUCCGGGGUGUAUGGGGGCUCGGUGCACGAGGCCAUGACGGAUCUCAUUACGCUGAUGGGCUGUUUGGUGGACAGGAAGGGGAAGAUCCUCAUCCCUGGCAUCAACGAGGCUGUGGCGCCCCUGACGGAGGAGGAGCUGAAGCUCUACGAGCAGAUCGACUUUGACUUGAAGGAGUACGCCAAGGACGUCGGGGCGCAGACCCUGCUACAUAGCUGCAAGAAAGACGUCCUGAUGCACAGAUGGCGGUACCCAUCCCUCUCCCUGCACGGGAUCGAAGGCGCCUUCUCUGGCUCAGGGGCCAAGACUGUGAUUCCUAGGAAGGUGGUCGGCAAGUUCUCCAUCAGGCUUGUGCCCAACAUGACUCCUGAGGUUGUCAGCGAACAGGUUAUAAAGUACUUGACUAAGAAGUUUGCUGAACUGCAGAGCCCCAACAAGUUCAAGGUGUACAUGGGCCAUGGUGGGAAGCCCUGGGUGUCCGACUUCAACCACCCUCAUUACAUGGCUGGGAGAAGAGCCCUGAAAACAGUUUUUGGAGUUGAACCGGACUUAACCAGGGAAGGUGGCAGUAUUCCUGUGACCCUGACUUUUCAGGAGGCCACAGGCAAGAAUGUCAUGCUGUUGCCAGUGGGGUCCGCCGACGAUGGCGCCCACUCCCAGAAUGAAAAGCUCAAUAGGACAAUGGACGCCCAGAUUGCUGGUGACUGCCAGAAGCCAGGGGGAGGCCAGGGACAGACUCUCCGUCACUGCCUUCGGAGGAGCCAACUCUGACGACACCCUGGUUUUGGACUUCUGGCCUCCAGAAUGUGAGACAAUGGAUUUCUGCCCCGUUUGUGGCAGCCUGAGCAAACACGCGGCCUGUGACCCUGACCUAGCUCCUAGGCAGCAUCCCAUCACGAGGGCCCCGGCCGCAGAGCAGGGCUCUGCCACCCGCUCAGGGUCACAGUGUGUGCUCCCAUCACCUCUGUCUCGGCUCUGCUGGCCUGGGCACAUGCACCCACUCACAGGUGACACCUGCACGCAUGCACAGUGCAGCUCCUGGGUCGUCACGCAGCCUGAGCCCCGACGGCCCUCAGUAACAUCA